AUGUUUGUGUAUCAUAUAAACAAACCUUCCGGAGGUAUUCUAAAAGAAGGUAUUGUUACCAUAGGAGAUGGCAGCACCAUACUUGUUAUUGCCCCGAAUUUUCCAGUGAGACAAAAUGUGGAGCUGGUGGGCGAGCCAGCACGGUCCCUGCAGCUUCCUGUGUCCUACUGCUCAAAGAGUAGUGAGGACAGGGCUCUCUACUGGAACCGUGAAAUGAGGAUGGAAAAGGCAAUAGUUUUACUUUGUGUUGACAAACCUGUCACAGCUUCCCGAACAUCUCUUCCAAUAUGGAUGAUUGCUCUCAUUGUGUUUGGAGUGUUGGCAAUCAUUGGAGUCACUAUUGGUCUCCUGGUUCAUUUUCUGGCAGUAGAAAACAGGACCUACUACUAUCAAGGAAGCUUUAAAGUGCUGAAUAUUCCAUAUAACAGAAAUUACGAAAGGGAGACAUCACCAGAAAAUAACUACCUUAGUAAAAUUCUUGAGACGAAGAUGGUUGAUGCAUUUCACACUUCUAGCAUUUACAGACAAUAUAUCAAUUCUCAAGUCAUCACACUGGUUCCUGAUAACGACAACAGUGUGACAGCACAUAUAUGGCUGGUAUUCAAGGCUCCCAGAUCAACAAAGGACAACACAAGAAGAAGAAUUGAAAACGUCUUACAUCAGAUGCUGAAGAACCAGUCAGGAUCCUUGACUACAGAUCCUAAUUCUCUUAGGCUCACGGAAAUCAGUAAGGUUGAUGCUGAGAAGAUGAUCAACAACCGCUGUGGGAGACGAGCGAGGAUGUCAGCCACGUACGAUAGAAUCAAGGGAGGUUCCAAUGCUCAGGAAGGAGAAUGGCCAUGGCAAGCAAGUCUCAAAAUAAAUGGUCGGCACUACUGUGGGGCGUCAUUGAUCAGCGACAGAUACCUGGUGACGGCAGCUCACUGCUUUCAAAAGACAAAAAAUCCAAACAACUAUUCUGUCAGUUUUGGCACUAAAGUAAAUCCCCCCUAUAUGCAACAUUAUGUUCAACAAAUCAUUACCCAUGAAAACUACAUCCAGGGUCAACAUCAUGAUGAUAUUGCAGUUAUACAGCUCACUGAAAGAGUCUUAUUUAAGAAUGAUGUACAUCGAGUUUGUCUUCCUGAAGCUACACAGAUUUUCCCUCCGGGUGAAGGAGUUGUUGUUACAGGAUGGGGAGCAUUUUCAUAUAAUGGUGAAUACCCAGUAUUACUUCAGAAAGCACCUGUGAAGAUUAUUGACACAAACACUUGUAAUUCUCCAGAAGCAUAUAAUGGUUUGAUACUGGAUACAAUGAUGUGUGCUGGGUACAUGAAAGGAAAUAUUGAUGCCUGUCAGGGUGACUCUGGAGGACCACUAGUUUAUCCCAAUUCUCGAAGUAUCUGGUACCUUGUUGGAAUAGUGAGCUGGGGAGUUGACUGUGGUAAAAUCAAUAAGCCAGGGGUCUAUACGCGAGUGACCUCCUACCGCAACUGGAUUGCCUCCAAGACUGGCAUCUAA